UGGCAAGUGCCAAAAGAAUCGCAAAAGAGUUAAGCGAUUUAACAAAAGAACCAAUCGAAGGUAUAGAAAUUGAAACAAAUGAAGAAAAUAUAUACAAAUGGAUCGCAAAGAUGAAAGGUCCUGAUAAUACACCUUAUGCUGCGGGAACGUUUAAUUUGUUGGUUGAAUUUCCGGUUGAAUACCCAUUCAAAGGUCCAAAAAUUCGCUUUCAAACGCCAAUCUAUCAUCCAAACGUUGAUGCAGAAGGUAAUAUGUGUGUUGCAUUACUCAAAUCAGAAGCAUGGAAACCUAGCACAAAAACGGCAACAGUGCUUCUGGCAAUGCGACAAUUACUACUAGAGCCAGCCAUCGAAGAUGCCUUGGUUGCUAGCAUCGCUGAAAUAUACCAACAAGAUAAAGCGCAAUUUGAUAAAUUAGCCGCUGAACAUACAAAAAAGCACGCCACAAAAUGAGAGC